AGCUCCUCCUCAGCGGCCCACCGCCAGCCCGCCGAUGCCGCCCAUUGUGUUCCGCAGCCCCAGCAGCACCAGCCGCCGCGGCACCGCCUCCCCCCGCCGGAAAUGGGCCUGCGCCGGACGGUCGCCGCCGCACGCAACUCCCGACUCCUCCCUAGCUGCGGCCGCCCCUCCGCAGCAGCCGGGCUACCAUCGGCGCCACACCGGUGCUGAAACGGCUUUGAGGGCAGUGUGGCUCCUCAGGUAUGACCCUGGGGCUGGUGGAGCCGUGCUCUUUUCUGGUAGGUAUGUUAACCCUGCUGUUGAAGUGUGCACUAAGACCUUCAACAGGUCAACACACAUGCCUGUACCCUCUGACAGUGCUUUUCUUAAAGCCUUGCAUUUUGAACUGGAACUCACAAAUGACCAUAUCUUCGCGAAGCAUCGAGAUACUUGUACCUGAAUCAAUCAUUCAUUGGUAUAUUCAGUUUGCACCAAGGGAGGGGAUCUCUGGCCCAUGCUUGCUUUUCAGAAGAGUGGUCCAAUAUAUGCAUGUCUUCCAGUAGCUGAGGAGACCUUGGAGCCUCAGCUACCCCUCCUCACUGUUAGUGGACUCUUGCAAGGACUGGCUUUUCUGUUAGGCAUUGUGGGUUACAUCUCUUCAAGUCGGAAAAAUGAAGCUGAUGUGAAAAUAGGCCAGCUUCAAAAUUUGCUUAUACAUACCUGUCUGCUUGGCACCCCCUUAAACAUACAUAGUUUAAACAGCUUGUUUGAUGACAUUCCAGAAAUACCUACAGAUAAGAAUCAACCAGCUUGGAGAUAAGGCAAAUCUCAGAUGAACAUCUGUAUCACUGAAAGUAAGUGUAUGCAGUAUGAUACAAGAGAUGUUGUGUACAUGUAGCAAGUUUAUGGAACUGUAAAUUGUAAGUGUGACAUAGAGGGAUCUGCACCAAACAUAACCCUCAGCUUGAAUCUCCCGACUAAUGGUCCUCCACUCCAAGAUAUCGUGGUCCAUCAUUUUGUGACUUCCAUUGACACUGCCAUGCUGAUGUCCAGUAGUGCUGAACCACUGGAUGAUUCUGUGUACAACAGACCUUACAAAUUUCGUUUAAUUCUUCCUUCAGAUUUCUUCAAUUUGUGUUACUACACUUCCCAGGUUCCUGUUCCACCAAUUUUGGGAUUUUAUCAACUUGUUGAAUAGCAAUCACAGUUAAAAAUAACAGUUAAUUUAAAGCUUCAUGAAAGCAUAAAGGUUUUUGAGUACUGUAAAGCUCGUAUACCUUUUUUCAACAGGUGCCUCAUCACUCUAUUAGAGUACAGUUAUGACCAACUGGAUUUGUCCCAAGAGAAGAGCCUGCUGGUUUGGGUCAUUGGACAGAAGUUCCCUAAAUCUUUGGAAGGUUCUCUGACUGGAACCGAGUUUGGCAUUGCAGGCAAGGAGCACCCAAUUGAUUAUAUUUGCACUGGGAAUGCUGCUUACAUAAAAGCAAAAAAUGUAAGAUGUGAUGGAUGAAUUGGGAAUACCCAGCUACAGAACUCAGCUCCUGCAUGGAACAUGAGACUGUUGCUGUCAGUGUCACCUCACCAACAUCCCUUGGUGGUUGUGGGCUUAUGUGAAUUAGAGCAAAAACCACAUCUACUUAUUCUUGAGUUAACACAUGACUACUUCCAAGUCUGCACCAAAAAUACACUAGUUUGGAACAUGGUAGGUACACAUUAAAUCUGAGCAGUAUUAA